AUGGCCUGCUGCACCCAGAAAAGAGUUCGUUCCCUGGUGGCCCUGCAGACACAUGGGCUUCAAAGCAAGAUCCUGAUCCUGACCGUCUGUGCGGCUGGGAUUGGAGGCACUUUCCAGUACGGCUACAACCUCACCAUCAUCAACGCCCCCACCGCAUUCAUCCAGACCUUUAUUAACAAAACCUGGCUGGAUCGCACUGGGACUGCCUUGGAGGGAAAGAUGAUCACCCUGAUCUGGUCCUUCAUUGUCUCCGUGUAUCCUCUGGGGGGGCUGGUCGGAGCACUGAUUGCUGGUCCCCUGGCCGUGAAGAUGGGCAGGAAGAAAUCUUUGCUGCUGAACAAUGGAUUUGUUGCCCUUGCUGCGUUGCUGGUGGGAUUCAGCCGGAUGGCAAACUCCUUCGAAAUGAUCUUGCUGAGCAGAUUUUUUGCUGGAAUCAAUUCUGGAGUGGCCAUGAACAUCCAGCCUAUGUACUUGGGGGAAAGCGCACCCAAGGAGCUCCGGGGAGCCGUGGCCUUGACUUCUGCAUCCUUUACAGCCCUUGGCCUGGUGCUUGGCCAGGUGGCUGGACUCAGGGAAAUAUUGGGAGCGGAAGAAAGCUGGCCUAUUCUUCUAGCCAGCAACAUGGUGCCUGGGCUGGUCCAGUUGGUGCUUCUGCCCUGGGCUCCAGAAAGCCCCCGCUAUCUAUUGAUUGACCAAGGAGAUAAAGAAUCAUGCAUCUGUGCCUUGCAGCGACUGAGGGGCAACAGGGACCUGAGCAGUGAGAUGAAAGAAAUACUGGCCGAACAGGCAGCCCUCCAGGGGCAGGUGGCCAAGGCACCCUGGGAGCUGUUUGGGAACCCAGCAGUGAGGUGGCAGCUUAUCACCAUUGUGGUGCUCAGCAGUGCCAUGCAGCUCUGUGGCAACGAUUCAAUGUACUUCUACGCUUCUUAUGUUUUCCAAGAGGCAGGGAUUCCAUAUGACAAGAUCCAGUACAGCGUUAUUGGCACCGGAAGUUGUGAGCUAGUCAUGUCCAUGACCUGUAAUCUCCUCAUUGAGUACGUUGGACGACGGGUGCUGCUGAUCGGGGGCUACAGCCUCAUGGCCGUGUGGGCCAUCCUCUUCAUGGUAGCAUUAUCUCUGCAGGAUCAACUCAGCUGGAUGCCUUAUUUCAGCAUGGUCUGCAUCUUUGCCUGUAUCCUGAGCUUUGGCAUUGGUCCAGCUGGCGUGACAGGAAUUAUACCCACGGAGAUUUUUGAUCAGGUCUCCCGCCCGGCUGCUUACUCAAUCAGUGGUUCUCUCCUGUGGAUCAACUUAUUUCUGGUGGGCCUGGCAUUCCCUUUUGUUGUGGAAAGCCUUGGGUAUUACUGCUAUCUUCCAUUCUCCGCAGUCUGUGUGUCUACUGCUCUCUACGCCUGUUUUUUCCUCCCUGAGACAAAAGGAAAGAGCUUCCUGGAAAUCUCAGAAGAGUUCAUUAAGCGUAACUUCAGAGCUCAGCCAUGGAAGAUCUUGGAGAAUGUGCUGGCCCCAGAGGAUGCCUUGGUGGAUGACAUUGAAAGGGGCCAAGAGAGCCAGGAGGACAAGGAUGGAGGCACCCCCCCGACCCCCAGCCCCGCCCAGUCUGCAGAGCUUACCCCCAAACACAACCAGUGUCAUAAAUGUGCCACAACCCAGCCUAAAUCCCAGAAAAAAGGGGGGUUUGAAUAA